AUGGGCGAUCGACAGAAUCAACCAGGCGAGAAGGCCGCCAGUCCUCGUCCUACAUCGACCUCUCCCACACCUGGACCAUCCACCACGGCAGCACAGGCUACGGCUGCCGCCGCUGCGACCGGUGCCGCGCAUAUCGAAGCCGAUGAGCCUGUCGAUGAUGAUGACGCUUCCUCAGUCGCUGGCUUCUCCCGGGUCGCCGAAUCCCAAGCCUCUCUGAGAUCAAGCAUCCUUGACUAUCGUCGCGAGAACGGCCGCACCUACCACCGUCUUAGCGAUGGCAAAUACUACUUUCCCAACGACGUCCGCGAGCAGGACCGUCUCGACAUUAUCAACCACCUCUGGGCAAUCGUCUUCGACGACGGCUUCUGUUCCUGCCCAAAGAACGAUGGUGCUAAGCGUGUUCUUGACCUGGGCACGGGCACCGGCGCGUGGGCUAUGGAUUAUGCAGACGCAUAUCCCGAUGCUCAUGUCAUUGGCGUCGACCUCAGCCCGAUCCAGCCGGCCUACGUACCGCCUAACUGCGUCUUCGAGGUUGACGAUGUGGAUAAGGAGUGGACCUGGACACAGCCGUUCGACUUCAUCCUCUGCCGUAACAUGAUCAUGUGCUUUACGGCCGAAGGUUGGGAAACCAUGAUGAGGCAAGCCUACGACGCACUCGAGCCCGGCGGUUACCUCGAAAUUCAGGACAGCCGCUGGCCACUGACCUCCGACGACGGUUCUUUGACGGAGAGCCACGCGCUGAUGAAGUGGUCUCGGAUGCUGACCGAGGCCGCCGACAAGAUCGGACGCCCGAUGAACAUCACCGAGACCUUCGACGACGUAAUGAGGAAGGUGGGCUUUGAGGAUGUCCGAAAGACGCGUAUCCGCUUCCCGAUGUCGCCGUGGCCCAAGGACCCAAAGCUCAAGGACAUGGGCAUGUGGACCCAGGCGUCUCUGCUCCCCGGCCUUGAGGGCAUGUCUCUUGCUUUGAUGACCCGCGAGAUGGAUUGGUCAAAGGAGGAAACGAUGAUACUCUGCGCCAAGGUUCGAAAGGAACUGAGUGAUCCGAAGAUUCACGCCUACUGGAACGGAUAUGUCAUGUAUGGGCGCAAGCCUCUGGAUGCCAAGAAGGAGGAUGUCUGA